AGGCGCAGUCCCGGCGCCCGCGGGCUCGGAGCCGCGGGAGAGGGCCCUGGACCCCGGAAGACGCAGGCGCAUUGAUCCGCCCGCGCCUUUCGCUGGUGCCGGAGGUCCUGAGAAACCGGCUACUCAGGCUUUAACUGUAUGGGGCGGGCACGGCUUCCCACCUGAUAACUCUGUGCCGGAGGUCCUGAGAAACCGGCUACUCAGGCUUUAACUGUAUGGGGCGGGCACGGCUUCCCACCUGAUAACUCUCAAGAUGGUGGUGGCGAAGUCGGAGGCCCGCAAGGCUGCUACCGCCUACUUCCGUACAACCAGACCCUUGCCCUCGCUGGUCACCGUCCUGGGGCUGGCAUAUUUCGCGUGGGUUGUCUUCUGGCCUCAGAGUAUUCCUUAUCAGAGCCUAGGACUCCUGGGCUCCUUCACUCAGUACUUGGUGGACCAUCAUCACACCCUGCUACACAAUGGGUAUUGGCUUGCCUGGCUGAUUCACUUGGGAGAGUCCUUGUAUGCCAUGGUAUUGUGCAAGUCUAAAGGCAUCACGAAUGGUCGGGCUCAACUACUUUGGUUCCUGCAGACUUUCUUCUUUGGGAUAGCCUCUCUCUCCAUCUUGAUUGCUUACAGACCAAAACACCAAAAACAAACUUAAAGAAGAUAUCCAAAAGCUUUCUCUAUUCUUGGACUUCCAGUCUCACCUUUUGUGGGGAGUGCUGUGUUUACCCUUUCUACUUUCUAGAAUGUUAAGAUCUUCUAGUUAUUCAUUAUAUUAUACUCUCUGGUUUAAUUUGAGUAGAUAAUAGGAAAAGAUUUUAGCUUUCCAAUUCCGCAGACUAACCUAUUUUGCAGAGGGCUUCUAGCUACCUUCUUGGGGUCCUUGGUCAUGUUGGUACUCUCUCUGUGUCAUCUGGUUUAAGCCAUGCACUAAAUUUGCUUGUUGGUAUACCUUUGCUCCCACCUUCUGAGUAAAACACCUUACCCUUACACCACCACCUUAGUUCUCCUUUCCCAAAGAUUUUUCCACUUUUCUGGACCAAGAGGGAGUGACAUGUCCACAACACGUCAAUUCCACACACAUUCAUUAGCACCUUUGAGUCAGGAUCUUAUCUUCUUAAACUUUUAUUUCUCACACUGCUGAGAAAGAUAAGGAAGAUAAGCAAGUGCCUGGACCUGGGCAGGCUGAGCAGUUACAUAGAGGCACAAAGGACAGGCUGACAUCUAAGAGGAGAGGACUGGGGAAUGCCUUCCCUGAUCCUGCCAGUCAGAAUGACCCUUCCUUCCACAUGGCCCUUCAGACACAGUGCCAUGUGGUGUGCAGGGAUCUGUGGUGCCACCACAUUACUCCUUCAGGUCAGGAUCACAUAUUAGCUGUAUUUUUCCUCUAGCACCUAUCCUGUCGCCUUACACACAGGUGUUCUAGUGUUUACUGAACCAAGGAGAGAAACUCUGAUUUCACUUUCCAUUCCAAUUUUUUAAUGAAAACUGCAGAACCCAUUUAGUGUACCCUCAUCCCAAAAACAGAAGACUGCCCUUGACUGGUAGUACCACCUUUCUGUGGGUCACCUGGUGGGAAACCUGUAUCUUUUUUCACACUUUUCUAUUCUUGGACCCUUUCUCCAGACUCUCAUUGUCUCCCUCCAGCUUUGGCUUACUCUAAUUCAAAUGUUUCUGUUCUAGAAAUUCUAGUCUAUGAGUGAUCCUCCUAGUUACUACCACUCUCAUUCACCUCAUUAUACUUUAUUGGUACUGACUGGUUGAGUCAGAAGAUUCGUUGACUAUCGCCCAACCCUAGUAUAAUGACUGUCACCUCUAAGAACCGUGUGGGCUCCCUUACUGAAGAACCAACCACCUGUUUGUCCUCUAGAGACUAAACCUUACGUUCCUUCCAUGAUGUAGUAGGGCAUGUUAUUUAUUUUAAGCAAACAUUUAUGAGAAAGAACCCCCUCCCCCCAAAAAAGAGGCCCCAAGAAAAAGCACAAUCCUUAAAGAUUAUGGACUAUAAUUGUUUCUGGUGGAGAGUAAUUUCUGCAAAUAAAUAUGUCUUUCCCUCUGUUUCUUUUCUGAUGAGGGGUCGCUUUUUGGUAAGGAAAAUAAUUUUAGAGUUAAACAUCAUGGAAACAACUCAGAUUUUUUAAAGCAUAGUCCUCUUCAAGGGAAAUAAUGACAAUGGUAUUAGUGGAGCCAGGAAAAAUAUGUUAGAUUAUUUAGUGAAAUGGAAUAAUUCGAAUAAAAUGCUGAGAAUCGUCUCUCCAGUCAA